UAUGAAUUACGUAAUACGAACAAAGAUCACCAUGAAAAGGUGCAAUGACACAAUUUAUUUACGCCAGUUAACCGUUUUGCCACGUUUGUUUAGCGACGACGAGCAUCUUUAUAUGAAAAAUGCAAUGUGGCUUACUGGCAUGGCUUUCUCUCAAAUUUUCUGCUUUUGGAAAAGUUAAAGAUCAAACUCCUUUACCUAAAUGGAUCAUACUCGCCUUGUUCACCAGUAUGAUUGGAAAUGCAAUUUCUUUGCAAGUAUUAUUUUCCUUUUUACCUGACAUGAUCAAGAGCUUUGGAAUUUCAGAUGAAGAUGCUGGAUAUUAUGUUGGAUUUGUGGCAUCAUCAGUUUUUCUUGGGAGGUUUAUAUCAAGCUAUUUCUGGGGCUGGUUAUCUGACAAGAUUGGUCGAAGAAAAGUAAUGCUGAUGUGCACUAUUAUUAUUGGAGUUUUUAUGAUUGCUUUUGGCUUCUCAAACUCAUUUGAAAUGGCACUCGUGAUUAGAUUUGUGAUUGGUUUAUUUGGAGGUGUUACUGGCACAACAAAGGCAGUACUUGCAGAAAUCUGUGAUAAUACAAAUCAGGCUUUAGCAAUGUCUCUAAUUGUGACAGCUUGGAACAGUGGUUUAAUAAUUGGUCCUGCUAUUGGAGGCUAUCUAUCUAAACCAGCAUCAAAAUAUUCAAUUUUUAAAGGCAACGAUUUCUUUAAGAGGUUUGCAUACUUUUUCCCCUGUCUCGUCAACGCUAUCAUCUUGUUUGUCGGUUUUAUAAUGGUAUAUUUUAAGCUACCGGAAACACUGGCAUCUAAAAGAAAAGCCAUAAAGAAGAUAGACUCGUCUGCAAAACCAACAGAUUUGACAAUCAAUGAUGAUAACAAUAGUGAACAAGUAUCACGACAACGUGUGACUAGUUCCAGUAAAGGCCAUUCGUCCAUAAGUAGUUCUUCUCCUCAACUACAUGACAAGGAAGUGACGUUUAGAAAAUCUGCUCAAGAUUCUUUAUAUUUCUUUGGUUCAAUGACUGCUCUACCAAACUUGUAUUUUGAAAGACAACCAGGCUCGCUAGGAUGUGUUGAUGACGACUUCAAUCAAGAUUUCUCGAACUUGCUGAAUGCUGAAACACAAAAGCAAACAGUGGCUAGAAGAUAUUUCAAUUCCUUCAAGAAGAGUAAACUUGCUCAACUUUGCAGAAACAGGAAUGUCAGAUAUGUUAUCAGCGUUUAUACUGUUUUUUCUUUUGCUGUCGUUGCUGAACACGAGAUGUACAGUUUAUGGGCAGCCACUGGUAGAGAACAUGGUGGUCUGGAUUUCGAUACAAAUGACCUUGGUUUUACUUUAACAUGUGUUGGUGUUGCUUGUGUGACGUCUAACUUCAUUAUCUUUCCAAAAUGGUCAAAUUUUUUGGACAAAUACCCAAUUCAUCAUGUUAAGUAUUGCCAUGUUUUUCACUGUCGUUCUUCCAUCAACAAGUAUUCUCUUAUACAGAUUGGAAAUGCAAUUUCUUUGCAAGUAUUAUUUUCCUUUUUACCUGACAUGAUCAAGAGCUUUGGAAUUUCAGAUGAAGAUGCUGGAUAUUAUGUUGGUUUGGUGGCAUCAUCAGUUUUUGUUGGGAGGCUUAUAACAAGCUAUUUGUGGGGCUGGUUAUCUGACAAGAUUGGUCGAAGAAAGGUUUUGCUGAUGUGCACUAUUAUUAUUGGAGUUUUUAUGAUUGCUUUUGGCUUCUCAAACUCAUUUGAAAUGGCAUUUGUGAUAAGAUUUGUGAUUGGUUUAUUUGGAGGUGUUGUUGGCACAACAAAGGCAGUACUUGCAGAAAUCAGUGAUAAUACAAAUCAGGCUUUAGCAAUGUCAUUAGUUGUGACAGCUUAUAACAGUGGUUUAAUAAUUGGUCCUGCUAUUGGAGGCUAUCUUUCUAAACCAGCAUCAAAAUAUUCAAUUUUCAAAGGCACUUUUGAUAAAUUGUCAAUUUUAGACGAUUUCUUUGAGAGUAAAGUCAUAAAGAAGAUAGACUCGUCUCCAAAACCAGCAGACUUGAAUAUCAGUGAUGACAACGAGAGUGAACAAGUAUCCCGAAAACGUGUGACUAGUUCCAGUAAAGGCCAUUCGUCCACAAGUAGUUCUUCUCCUCAACCACAUGACGAGGAAGUGACGUUUAGAAAAUCUUCUCAAGAUUCUGUAUCGUUCGCUGGUUCAAAGAUUGCUCUACCCAACUUGCCUUUUAGAAGACAACCAGGCUCGCUGGGAGUUGUUGAUGACGAGCUCAAUCAAGAAUUGUCGAACUUGGCGAAUGCUGAAACACCAAAAGAAACAGUGGCUAGAAGAUAUUUCAAUUCCUUCAAGAAGAGUAAACUUGCUCAACUUUGCAGAAACAGGAAUGUCAGAUAUCUUAUCAGCGUUUAUACUGUUUUUUGUUUCGCUGUCGUUGCUGAACACGAGAUGUACAGUUUAUGGGCAGCCACUGGUAGAGAACUUGGUGGUCUUGAUUUUGAUACAAAUGACCUUGGUUUUACUUUAACAUGUGUUGGUGUUGCUUGUGCGAUUGGUAACUUCAUUAUCUUUCCAAGAAUGGUCAAAUUUUUUGGAUUAAUAAAGACCCAAUUCAUCAUGUUAGGUAUUGCCAUGUUUUUCACUGUCGUUUUUCCAUCAACAAGUAUUCUCUUAAACAGUGGCGUUGUGCUGAAAGUUGUCAUCAUUAUUGUGAUGAUAUUGAACAGGGUGGCACAGGGCUGUUGUUUUACUGGACAGUUUAUCAUGCUCAAUAAUUGUGUUACGUCAGAUCUCAGAGCAACUGCGCAUGGUUUAGCAAUGAUGGUAUCCUGUGCUGCCAGGCUGCAAAUUGACUAA